AUGCGCAUUCAUGGCAUUGGAGAUGACCAAGCCGAUCGAAUGAAUAGGGCUCAAAAACUUUUGGAAAAUGUUGGAUUGGAUGCCACGGCGUUAAAUCGAUACCCCAAAGAUUUUUCGGGCGGCCAACGUCAGCGCAUCGGCAUUGCCAAGGCCAUCGCCAUUGGUCCAGAGCUCAUCAUUUGCGAUGAAAGCGUAUCGGCUCUGGAUGUAUCGGUUCAGGCCCAAGUGCUUAAUUUAUUGAAUGAACUUAAACAAAAUCACGGGUUUGGGUUUUUAUUCAUAUCCCAUGAUUUAUCGGUGGUGUAUCAUAUGAGCGAUCGCUUGAUGGUAUUGGAACAUGGCCAUUUGUUGGAAUUGGAUAACGCCGAUAUAGUGUACGAAACCCCUAAAUCGGCCUAUACCCAACGAUUGAUUCAGGCCAUACCAACGAUGGAUUAG